AUGUCGUCCGACGGCUCCAAAAGCAAUGUGCGUGUCUAUGUGCGCUGGGAGGAGCAGGUUGUCUUUGCCGGCGACGAGGUCAAAUGCACCAUUGUCUUCAAGAACGUCGCCCGCGUCCCGAGCCCGCCCUCUUCGUCGCAGUCGCAGUCGCAGUUGCCGCCGCUGCCCACCUCCCAUGCGCCCCAAAAGUCCUUUGCCCAGCAGCCGAGGCACCCCAGCGGCGAGCGCCCGCCGCGCCAGUCGUCCCCCCUCCAUCCUGCCGCACAAGCCCGAACAAAGCCUAAUGGCGCCGCCCAUCACGGCCUCGCCCCGCCACCAUCCGUCCGCGGCCACCGAUCUACCCUGUCCCUGACGGUCCCAUCUGGUGCUUCCGCGUCGGCUUCCGCUGCCGCUUCCACUGCCGCUGCCGCUGCCGCCUCCCGUUCCCGUGCCGGGUCCAUACCCUGGUCAUCGUCCGCUGCCGGCCCCCCCCCAACGGCCAGCACGGGGGCAUGCCCGCGCGUCCAGCCUGCAGAUUGUCCCCCGUGGUUCCUAUCUCAACGGGCCUCGUUCCGCCCCACAUACUCGACUGGCGAUGCGACUACCCUCCCGGCGCGGCCCAGAGAGCCCGUGCCGACCAUCAACGAGCACGGCGUCGGCCCAUCAGCACGAGUCCUCUCGACGACGAGCAUAGCAGGCACGCCGAGGAGCAGUGGCGAGUUCUAUUCGCUCAGCAACAAUUCAUCCGAGACGCUGGCGUCCGAGUACGUGACCCAGCAGCCUCUGCGGACCCAUGGCCGCCAGCCUCACAACAGGCGGACGUCCAGUCUCGCGCCCGGCUCCGUAAGGUUACCCGAGGCUCUGAUGAUGGGCUACGCCCAACUGCAGGGGACCUUCUCCCUCGACGGCUCCCUCGUCAACCAAGGGCCCUUUGAGCAGGUCAAGCGGAAGGCCGUCGUUGGCGGCCAGGGAGGCGGUGUCAUCGGCGUGGACACGUCGAAGCGAGAUAGCGGCUUGCUGAGGGGGUUUGGAUGGGGCAACUUCACCAGCUCCAUUGGCGAGCUACUGGGCAGCGGCGAACUUAGCAGCAUCAAGGAGAUGCGCGGUAUCGCAAGCUCAAAGUCGAUACCACUGCUUUCAACGCCGCAGUCCAUAUUAUUUGUCGAUCUACAGCUAAGGCCGGGCGAGAGCAAGGCCUUUGAGUACUCGUUCCGCUUACCCAAAGGCCUGCCACCGACACACCGCGGAAAAGCUAUCAAGAUUUCCUACAGUCUGGUGAUUGGCACGCAGCGGCCGGGGGGUGCCAAGGAGCAGCAGGUCAGGUCUGUCGACAUACCUUUUCGGGUGCUGGGCAGCGUCAACAGCUACGGAGAGAUUCUCGGCCACGAUCUAAUGUCUCCCUACAUCAUCCUACGGGACCAAGCUCGGGUCCAGAGCUUGGACAAAGAGAAGGACAGUUCUCGCCUGGAUGGCUCGCUGCAGAAUAAUAAUAAUAGGCUGGGCCCAAUCGGUUCAUCCACCAUGAAAUCGUUCCUCGCGUACGUUGACGAGCUGCUCGCCAGACCCCAGGAAAGCGCUGCCGGCCUGCUGAGCCCCAGUGCCAUGCCCACGUCUCGGCGAGCGUCGAUGUACUCGUCCACGGAUGACGGGUUCCCCGGCGGAAUGGUGACGACCAGCGCCAAGGAUGCCAUCGACCUGGCCAUUAUGCGCGCCAACAUGACGGGCGCCGGCCAGCAGAGCGCCAACCGCUUCGAGAUUGCGCGCAACGGGCGCCGCGUCGGUAUCGUCAUGCUGGCGCGCCCGGCCUACCGCCUCGGCGAGGUCAUCAACAUGGCCAUCGACUUCUCGGGCGCCGACAUCCCCUGCUACGCCGUGCACUCGGCGCUCGAGUCGGCCGAGCGCGUCGACCCCAGCCUCGCCCUACGGUCCGACGCCAGCAUCCACCGCGUCACGCGCAAGGUCUGGGUCACGGCCAGCGAGGCCACCCUGUACGCGCGCCGCAUCGUCUUCAACCCCACCAUCCCCGUGUCGGCCACGCCCGAGUUUGUCACGAGCGGCGUCUGUCUCGAGUGGAAGAUCCGGCUCGAGUUCGUCGUGCCCACUCACGACGUCGAGCGCGGCGACAUUGAGGACAUUGAAGAGGACGACGAGGAUGUCGAGGAAGACGACGAAGAAGAAAACGACGACGUCGACGACGACGGUGACGAGGAUGAAGACGGCAGCGGCGAGGGUGGCGCCGACGACAACGGCAGCGAGAAGACAGUCCAGAGGACCCGCCAUCAUCGACGCCACCACAGAAGCAACAAGCGCCGCCUCGUCGCGGUCGCCGGCAACAGCGGCCCUGUCCACCCGCUGCUCGAAGAAAUUUCCCGCGACGACCGCGGCGGCCUUGUCCUCGUCGCGGCCGAGAACCUGACGUGCGAGAGCUUCGAGGUGGCGGUUCCGCUGCGCGUCUACGGCGCCGUGUGCACGACGGGCCUAGAGCGGCUAGAGAAGGACGAGGCUCAGGAGGAGGGCUUGGCUGUAUGA